AGGAGUGGAGAUGGCGGCGGCGGCGACGGCUCCGGGGGGCGGGGGCGGGGAGCCCCGGGGAACCGCUGGGGUCGGCCCAGGGGUCCCGGGGGAGGUGGAAGUGGUGAAGGGGCAGCCGUUCGACGUGGGCCCGCGCUACACGCAGCUGCAGUAUAUCGGCGAGGGCGCGUACGGCAUGGUCAGCUCUGCUUAUGACCAUGUGCGGAAGACUCGAGUGGCCAUCAAGAAGAUUAGCCCCUUCGAGCAUCAGACCUACUGCCAGCGCACACUGAGGGAGAUCCAGAUCUUGCUGCGCUUCCGUCAUGAGAAUGUCGUAGGCAUUCGAGACAUUCUUCGAGCACCCACCCUGGAAGCCAUGAGGGAUGUCUACAUCGUUCAGGACCUCAUGGAGACAGACCUAUACAAGUUGCUUAAGAGCCAGCAGCUGAGCAACGACCACAUCUGCUAUUUCCUCUACCAGAUCCUACGGGGCCUCAAGUAUAUCCACUCAGCCAACGUGCUCCACCGGGAUCUGAAGCCCUCCAAUCUGCUCAUCAACACCACCUGCGACCUUAAGAUCUGCGAUUUUGGCCUGGCCCGGAUUGCUGACCCUGAACAUGACCACACUGGCUUUCUGACAGAGUAUGUGGCCACACGUUGGUACCGAGCCCCAGAGAUCAUGCUUAACUCCAAGGGCUACACCAAGUCCAUCGACAUCUGGUCUGUGGGCUGCAUUCUGGCUGAGAUGCUUUCCAACCGGCCAAUAUUUCCUGGCAAGCACUACCUGGACCAGCUCAAUCACAUUCUAGGUAUCCUGGGCUCCCCGUCCCAGGAGGACCUAAAUUGUAUCAUCAACAUGAAGGCCCGAAACUAUCUACAGUCUUUGCCCUCUAAGACUAAGGUGGCCUGGGCCAAGCUUUUUCCCAAGUCUGACUCCAAAGCUCUUGACCUGCUGGACCGGAUGUUAACCUUCAACCCUAACAAGCGCAUCACAGUGGAGGAAGCGCUGGCUCACCCCUACCUAGAACAGUACUAUGACCCCACAGAUGAGCCAGUGGCUGAGGAGCCGUUCACAUUUGCUAUGGAGCUGGAUGAUCUCCCCAAGGAGCGGCUGAAGGAGCUGAUCUUCCAAGAGACAGCCCGCUUCCAGCCAGGGGCAUCAGAAACUCCCUAACAAGAAAAGAUAAUCCCUCCCCCUCCAGGGCCUGGUCCUGUUCCUACCUGAUCCUUCCCCACCAGAUUGUUAGAAAAUGGACAUUGCUCAACCCAGACCCUGGAAACCCAGGCUGGACCAAGGGUGGGCCCGGCCACCUUCUCUUACUCUGCUGGGGUCUCCUGCUUCCCGCAGGCUCCUCCUACCCCCAUCCCCUGCCUCUGUCUCCCCGGGACCUGAGUGGUGAGGUGGUCCCAGAGCUGAUCUCUGCUGCUCUGCUUUGUCUACCCUUGCUAGCCCAGGCUCUGGUAGACCAUUCUAGAAUGGAAGGGCUCUGGCUGCCCUAGGACCUAUGCUAUGGAGGAGUGGGGGCGCUGAGUAGGGACUCAGGGUGAGCCCUACCCUGCUCACUCAUUGGCGCUCUACCCCAUUUUCCCUGAAGGAACAUUCCUAAGUCUCAAGGGCUCGUUUCCCUGAGGAGCCAGGCCCAGGUCAAACCCCCUGCCUCUCCAAGCUGCCACAUGUAAUGCCCUUGCUGCUUCUGUGUGUGGGUGAGAGGAAGUGGAGGUGGGGGCCUGUGGAGAGUCGGUGCCCCUGCCCACCUUCCUGUGCCUGUAUCUAAUAUAUAAAUAUAGAGAUGUGUAUAUGGAUAA